AUGAGAACCGUUUCCUGCGUGGAGCUUGAGGAGGGAGAAGAGAGAGGGCCAGCGCUGAGGAGAGGCAGACAAUGUCAACUUUCUGUUUGGGAAUCCAAAUAUGUUCACAGCAAACGUUUUCCCCCUCUUAAUCUAGCACUAGCUUUUGAUUUAACUUAUCCUAGACUACAAGAAAUGGAUCGGUCCACCUGCAGCUCGACCUGUGUCAAACUUUAUCUGUGCUCCAACCCAGAAGAUAGCGUGGUGGAGCGCAGAGCUCUGAGGGAGAACGUGUUUCCCAAACUUCGAGAGCGCUGCAGACACAAACUGGGGCUGGAUCUCAGGGUAAUAGACCCAUUUGAGUCCAGUGAUUCCAGUCGUUGGCCGGAUAUAAAAAUCAGACAGCAGCUUAUCAAAGAAUGCAGAGAGAGCUCCGCUGGACCUUUUCUACUGGCUCUGAUAGGACACCAGUAUGGCACAGCCAGCCUGCCCACUCAGGUGGAGGUGUCAGAGUACCAGCUGCUGCUACAGGAGAGCCAGCAGGCGGGGGUCAGCACCACGGAGCUGGAGAGGGAGUACCAGAGAGACGAGAACAGCAUCCCUCCCUCCUACUGCCUGAGAGCUGCACACACGCACACCUGCUGCCCUCAGGCUAGAGAGGAAGAAGAGAUCCAGAUGAAGACUAAAGAAGAAGGGCUGGGGAAGAUGAUUCAGACCACCGUGAGUCUGUGUGUCCACAAAGGUCUCAUGACUCAGGAGAAAGGCCGGAGCUACUUCAGAUCAGCCCUCGACUUAGAUCUUAGAUUUGCUCUGGAUAACUGUCCUGAUAGUGACAUCAUCAGACGCUGCCUGGUUUACAUCCACAAGGUCAUCAAUGCAAACGGACAGAGGCUGGCUGCUGCUUUGGAGCUGGAAACAACCCCGACUGAUGGGCAAUUACUUUCCGAGCUUUGUGACAACUUCCUCCCCGGUCUCAUCACUUCCUCUCAGCUUAUCGUCUAUACCACCGCCACAGAGUGUGACCGUCGCCAUGGUUACACAACAGCAAGGAGGCGGGGCUACGCUGAGUCCCUGUGCCAGCAGGUGUACUCUGACCUCUCGGGGUUGACUGACAGCCUCCACAUAUUAGAGAUCAGUGAAGACCCUCAGCCGGGUGAUGCUUUGUUCAGAGAGCAGCUUGAGCAGGAGGAGCUAUGUGACAUCCUGUCCACUUUUUAUGACAUCACGCGACCAGAGGAGGAAGAGAUCCGAGUAUAUGUGGAGCAGAGUGAACAACAGUGUCCAUUAGUGGUGACAGGAGGACCAUGCACCGGGAAGACAGUUCUGCUGGCACACUGUGCUAAGAAGAUGAAGUCCUGGUUACCAGACUCUGAUCCCGUGGUGAUCACUUAUUUUUGCAGCCUGUCAAUCAAGCCUUCCCAGAAGCACAUGCUGUUGAGUUUGUGUCAUCAGAUUGCCGCUCAAUAUAAAAGCAAAUCUUCCUCAAAGCAAAAACUCUUGGACCUUGAAGAUUCAGGCAGUAUCAACAACCUCAGUGACAAGAACUCCAACUUCCUGACAUCUAAUUUAAACCCUCACCCCGAGCAAACCACCAAAGAGCAUGUUUCUGACCACGGCCUAAGUACCACAUCAUCCCUGGAUAUUUCUGGCAUCAUGAAACCUGAUGUUUGUGUAUGGGAGCUUAAAGAACGUCUCUCAUCCCUCCUCUCCAUCAUGCCUUCAACCAAUCAGCCUCUUAUUCUAAUCCUGGUUGGCCUGGAUCGCAUUGAAAACACAUUUGGACUUGAAAUCAGUAAGAUCCUCCCCUCGCCUCUACCUCCCAGCGUCAAACUCAUCCUCUCAGUCUCCAUUAACCGAACACAGAUACUGCAGGGGUUCAACCAACAAAGUCCAACUUCAUCAGUGUCAGGGGACGAUGAGAAGAAGUCAGGAUAUCUGUGUUUGCAGCUGGGACCAGUAGACAGGAAGCAAUGUUCAAAGAUGUUGGCAUCGCUGCUGAAAAGUUCCGGGAGGAGAGUGACAUCAGGACAACAGGCGCUGGUGAACCAGGCGCUGACUUCUUGCUGUCUGCCUCUCUACGCUCGACUUCUGCACCAACACACGGAGCUGUGGCAUUCUGAUUCAGAUGUGACCAUAUCGUCUCUUCCUGAUUUCGUCCAUUCAUCCAUUUCUGCAUUGCUGGAUCAUCUGGAGCACAAACACGGCCGCUCUGUCGUGGCCCGUGCCAUACCUUACCUUACCCUCUCAAGGACUGGACUCACUGAGGCCGAGCUCGCUGAUCUGCUGUCCAGUGAUACCGAAGUGCAGUCUGAACAUUCCUCCAAUACAAAGGUCCUGCAAGUUGAUGUGGACAGACUUCUGCUGGAUUUGAGGGAGUUUCUUGUAAGAAGGACAGUUGGAGGGUCGAAGGUUUUGUUCUGGGUGUGCAGACAUUUCAAGCUGGUAGCUGCUAGGAAGUAUUUUGGUUCUCCUGAGCUAAAGAGAGAGAUUCAUUUAGAGAUGGUGGACUAUUUCAGUGGCAAAUCUAAAACCAACAAUAAAGUUGCCCAAAUGGAAACACCUUUGAACAGGCAGCAAUCCAGCAAACCAUUCAUGUUCACCUCUUCUUCCCAAAACAUUGGCAGAGUUGACUUGAGGAAAGUCUCAGAACUGCCGCUUCACUUGCAAGAAAGUAACAAAUGGGAGGAGUUGGAGCAUGGGCUGCUAUUGUCUUUGGGGUUCCACCAGGCUAUGGUCCAAGCAGGACUUCUUAGAGAUCUGGUAGCCAUGUUGGAACAUGAGGAAGGAACAUUGCACUUCGGGUUUUGGAAGGAAACAGCAAUCCUAGCAAGCAUUUUGAAGUCUUGUUCGUGUUCAUUGCAGAGCUCGCUAAUGCAGCUGCCGACGCUGAUGGAGACGAGCCUUGCUCCUUAUCUGGAGGUCUUUCCUGCUCUUGAAUGUUAUGUCAGCGAGAUCAGAGAGGAGAGGAAGACAAGAGGGCGUGGAUUGGGGGUAGUGCUUUGCCCUGCUCCCUCCUCAGUUCCCUCAGUUCAGUGUUCAAAGCGCGAUGCCAAAUGCAAAGACGUCUCCGUUAGAGAAGCAGCUGUCACAGAGUGCGGGGUUGUUGUAGAGGUGAUGGAUGAUGGCACGGCUUGGGUUUGUAAAGGCCGGUGGAGUGAUGUAGUGAAACUAUCACUAAGUCCUGAGCAGCAGGAUCUUAAGUUUGCAGGAGUGAAGAGUAGCGCUCCGUUUAUACUGCUUUCCACACUGUGCAACAAGCUUUUCUUGUGGGAUGUAUCAGGCCCUCAAACGUUCCUUCAGGUCAAGGACCCGUUGAAAACAGAGUCAGGUCAACCAAAACUGAACAAGCUUGAGGGGUUUGUUGCAAGUACAAAAAAGCUGUUCGUGUGGUGGGAAGAGGAGAGUUUUGUCAGUGUGUUUGAUAUCUUCGGCGACACCACGACUCAUUUCCAGUGUCAGGGCCGUGUGACCUGUUUGGCUUGCUCCUCUGAUAGCGUUUACAUGUACUGUGGCCAGGAGGAGGGCAAAGUAUCCAUAUUUGACACUAACAACGGCAGUCUCCUCAGCAUGUGUUCAAACUCAGACAACAUUGCGGUUACCUCAAUAAUCCUCUGUGAGGAUACGUCGGAAAUGGCAUGUGUUGACAAGACAGGGAACGUUACCCUGUGGGAAUUGGUGGCCAAAUCUGAACCACCUGUACUUGUCAAAGAAAUCUGCUCUGGAGGUGAAUCUAUUACCAUCCUUAAUACAGAUUACUCAGAUGAACACAAUACUCUGUUGGUGUGUCACUCUCACCAGGUUACACUGUGGGGAACGCGUGACUGGGAGCUGUGGGACCGUCUCUUGGCUCCCCAGGAAAGGGCCUUCACUCAAGCUCUGCUCUCCCAGGAUGGCCACCUUUUCCUGGCUCUGUUAGACGACUGCCCCUUCAUCUUGGUGUGGACGGUCAGCACAGGGGAGUGUGUUCUUUCCUUAGACACAAACAAGCAGCCUCAUUCACUCCUCAAAACAGCCUCAGAUGUUAUUUGUGUCGCUGAUGACGGCUGUCUCGCAGUGUGGGACUCUGAGAUGAUAGAGACUGCUGGUACAGCUCCAAAAAUGGGUUCAGGAGUUGAAGAAGUGGUAGUCGAAGGCACGGGGGAGUGGUUCUACACCGCUAAUGGGUCAGAGAUGGUGUGGAGAUGGGGGUUAAGAACAAGACUUCCGCAUGCUUUCUUCCUUCAUGAUGGCCCUGUGGAAAAACUCCACCUUUCUCCAGAUAACGUCCACCUUGUGACGCUCUCAGGCGGCGAAAUCUACAUUUGGCAGACAGAAACGGGUCAGAACAUUCUGCGUAUCAGUAGAAGCAGAGCGAAAAACAUCCUGAUCACUCCGAAUAGUCUUCUUGGCGUGAGUAUUUCUGAUCAAUAUCUGUCCCGUGUUUGGAAGCUGUCACAUGGGAGUAUUGUGUGCAGUAUACGUCUGUAUCUGUCUGAUGCACAGGUGUCACCUGAAAGCACCUUCCUUAUCGGCCGUCACAAAGGAGACUUGUUAGCGGCCAGUCUGUGGACGGGCUCAAUAAGUAAGCGCUUUUCCUGUGUGACGAGCUCUGAGCAUGUCGUUGCCUUCUCAACACUUUCAGAGCACCCCGACUUUGUGGUGGUAAUGACCGCCUCAGGUGCAGUGUACACGUGGAAAGUAGCGGCGGAGACUGUGUGCAGGCACUUUCAGCUGCCUCAUACGUUUCUAUGUCAGCCUCAAGACUUCCACAUGUCCUCUAAUGGGAACUAUGCCCUGCUGUCCAUUAAAGAUGAUGCUAUAAACAUCUUGGAUCUAUCUCAGGUCAGGCUGUCCUCCCUCAAGGCAAAUGGUCCAGUCAUUAAAGCUUGUUUGGAUAACACUGGAUGCUAUGUUGCCUACAUAUUCCGUCCAAACAACCAGGAGGAAGGCUGUGUCUGUUCUCUUCAUGCGAGGCUCGUCCUCACAGUCGUACGACUCGCAGACGGGGAACGAAUAGGAAGCGUAAGUCUGUGUAUGAAUCCGUCCACGGUGGUUAUGUGCAAGCAGCAGCGUGUGUUUGUGGGCUUUCAGGACGGUUCUGUGGGUGUUUACUCUAUAUGUGAUGUCUUGAUGAACAAGGACAACUCGGUCAGUUGCAGAGAAAAAGUGAAUGGACAAAUGAAGCAAUGCCCCUUUGACAGGGCACCAUUCAGCUGGUUACACCUAACAGCCCCUAAUAUGACGUGGACUGUGGGAGCAAGUAUUUUCUCUACUGCGGGUGCUGAGAGUCGGCAGCCUGUUGCAGCAGCUCCGACUCUUUCUUCUCACACGCCCCUGCUCACUGUCCCACUCUUACUACCAGCCAGGUACAAAGAGAACUCUCCAGACUCCACAUCAGAAAAGCCAGUGGACCAGACAACAUCAGUCCCAGGAUCCUCAAGGUGUGUGCUGGGCAGCUUGCAGGAGUCUUUCAGCACCUCUUCAACCUCUCCCUGAGGCUGAUGAUGGUGCCUGACCUGUGGAAGACCUCCUGCAUCGUCCCAAUUCCAAAGAAAGGUCGUCCCAGCGCUCUCAAUGACUACAGACCUGUGGCACUCACGUCACAUGUCAUGAAGACAUUUGAGAGGCUGGUUCUCCAGCAACUGAGGACCCUGCUCACUGCUUUCCAGGAUCCGUUGCAGUUUGCAUAUCAGAGGCACAUUGGUGUGGAGGAUGCUAUCAUCUUCCUGACACACAAAGCCCUGUCACACCUGGAGACGAAGGGAAGCACUGUGAGAGUCAUGUUCUUUGACUUCUCCAGUGCUUUCAAUACCAUCCAGCCCUGCCUCCUGAGGGACAAACUGCUGGAUAUGCAGCUGCACCCUGACACCACAGCUUGGAUUUUUAACUACCUCACGGGCCGGCCACAGUAUGUCAGAGUCGAUGGCUGUGUCUCUGAUGUAGUGACGGGCAACACAGGAGUACCUCAAGGAACUGUUCUGGCACCUUUCCUCUUCACUCUCUAACUCUGGUUCCUGCCACCUCCAAAAGUUUUCCGACGACUCCUCCAUUGUUGGGUGCAUCACUGAUGACGACGAGAAGAAGUACAGAGGACUGUUAGAGAGCUUCGUCACAUGGUGCGAAAGCAACCACCUGAAGCUCAACAUCAGCAAAACAAAGGAGGUGGUAGUGGACUACCGGAAAAAGAAGAGGCCCCCUGCCCCAGUCAUCAUCCAGGGGGAGGAAGUGGAGAGGGUGGACUCAUACAAGUACCUUGGGGUCCACAUCAACAAUAAACUGGACUGGUCUCACAACUCUGACGCCCUCUUCAGGAAGGGACAGAGCAGGAUGUUCUUCCUGAGGAGACUCAGAUCGUUCAGUGUCUGCAACAGACUCCUGAAGACCUUCUACCAGUCUGUGGUGGCCAGCGCCCUCUUCUUUGCUGUGGCGUGCUGGUGGGGUGGCAUCAAGACUGGUGAGGCAAACAGGCUGAACAAGCUGGUGAGGAAGGCCCGCUCUGUAGUGGGCCUUGAUCUGGACAGUUUGGAGACAGUGGGUGAGAGGAGGAUGAAGGACAAAAUCUUAUCCAUCCUGGAUAACUCCUCUCACCCCCUACAUGGUGAGCUGUGGCAGAUGGGUAGCUCCUUCAGCCAACGCCUCAUCCCCCCCAGGUGCAAAACAGAGCGCUUCAGGCGCUCCUUUGUGCCCACUGCCAUAAGACUGUACAACAGCAGCCUAUGACAACUAUAACAGUCCGUCCUGGACACUAAACUUCACCCCCAUAGAACACUACCCCAUGGCCUGCUUCAUUAUUAUCAUUGUAUUAUUGUAUUACUAUUAUUAUUACUUAGCAUCCAUAUAUAUAUAUAUAUAUAUAUAUAUAUAUACAUAUAUACUGUACAUUCUAUAUAUUUUAUUAUAUUAUUAUACUAGUCUGUAUUAUAUAACACUUCAUUAUAUUACACUAUAUUGUUCAUAUUGCACUAUAUUAUAUUAUAUUAUACUACAUUAUAUUAUAUAACUACACUCUGCAUUACUGUGGUACAACACUGCCUCUCUUCUCUGCUGUUUACAUUACUUGCUGCUAUUUAUCAUACAGAGUCACUUUAAUCACUUGUCACUUUACCUUGUCAUUCUCUGUAAAUACUGUCUCAAUUCGCAAUUCCCCCUGCUAACUUCAUCAUUCAUUUUGUACUUGUAUAUACCCCUUGUUUUUUAAUUGUAAUUUUAAUUUAUUCUGUUUAAUGUGUAUUUUGUAUUUUUGAGCUUUCUUGUCUGUGCUGCUGUAACGCCCGAAUUUCCCCUCUGGGGAUCAAUAAAGUACUAUCCUAUCCUAUCCUAUCCUAUCCUGACAUAGGACAGUUACCCCGACUUUGAUUGAAAAUAAUGUAUUGAAGAAAAAUAAAUGUGACAGCAUACAAAGACAACAAUGUAAUGCAUUUAUGUGUAUUAAAUGGUUAUAUUCCUACAUGUUUG